AUGAGAAAAGAAUUACAGUAUAUCAUUUUGGCGCAUCUAUUAGUGGUGCUCUUCCUUGUCUAUGAGACCUUCGACCUCAUAACGUUGCUCAACGACGACAGUUUUAGCGACGCUUUGCUGGAAUCUGAAUUAUCUUCGACAGUGGAGAGACCGCAGCUUAUCCCGAAAAUUAUCCAUCAGACAUAUAAAACAACAGAUAUCCCAGAGGUGUGGAAAAAGGGUCAACAAAGCUGCAUCGACCUCCACCCAGACUAUCAGUACAUGUUGUGGACUGAUGAAAUGUCCAGAGAGUUUAUCUCUGAGCAUUAUCCAUGGUUUUUGCAAACUUUUGAUAAUUACAAGUACCCUAUCCAGCGUGCCGAUGCGAUCAGAUACUUUGUUUUGAGUCACUAUGGAGGUAUCUAUAUUGACCUAGAUGACGGAUGCGCCAAAAAAUUAGACCCAUUGCUCACCGUUCCUGCAUUUGUUAGAAAGACCAUCCCAACUGGAAUCUCAAACGACGCCAUGGGAUCGAUCCCAAGACACCCAUUCUUUGCCAAAGCCAUCGACUCUCUCAACAAGUACAACAACAACUGGCUGGUGCCGUACAUCACCAUCAUGUACUCUACUGGUCCGCUGUUUUUGUCUGUGAUUUGGAAACAAUACAAGAGAUGGGGCGUUCCGGACGCCGGAAUCGUGAGAAUCCUGAUGCCGGAUGAUUACAACCGCGGCGAGGAUCCAUUCUUCACUAUUUCGAAAGGAUCAUCGUGGCACAUGGACGAUGCCAAGUUCAUGUUCUUGAUGCUCAACCACAUCGUUUGGGCUGUCAUUGGGGGAUUCUUGGUUGCAUUUUUGUUUUUCUACUUGGAGUACUUGAUGUACUCGUUUUUCAUUUCGAACACAUUUAAGAGAUUCAGAAAAGGAGUUUGGAAUCUUAUGAGACUCAAAUCCUGGUCUCAUGGAAAUAAUUACACUCGCUUGAGUCCUUACAAACAAGCCAAAUACUUGAAAACAAGAAACAGAAAGGACUCCAACCUGCCUGUCGCCAUCAAUAUUGAUACGGAGAAAAAUGUCAUGGAAGUUUAA